AUGUCAUCAGCAGUAUCAUCACUGAGAGGAUUGAGCCGUCAACUAUUAAGAAAUGAAAACAGUCAUCAUCAUAGAGCAGUACUGCCUUUAAUUAGACAGUAUAAUCACAAUCACAAAAUAUAUACAACCAACCAAAGCAUAGCUAUCAGAUCAUACAGUACCAAUAAUAGCGAUAUAGAGAAAACAUCAAAUCCAAGAAAGAUUUCUUUUAAAAAGAAAUCAGAAUCACCAGAAUCACCAGAAUCAUCGAACAACGAUUCAAAUGAAUUAUUAUUUGAAACAAGUAGAAAUAAUAAUAAUAAAAAAAGUAGAAGAAACAAUAAAAAAGAAGAAGAAAUAAUUUUAAAUGAUAAUGAAUAUAUUGAAAAUAGUAAUAGCAAUAAUAAUAGUAGUAGUAGUAACAAUAGUAAUAAUAAUAAUUUAAUAGAAACAAAUAACAAUAGAAAUAAAAUAGUUUUUCAGAAAAAAGAUAGUGAAAGUUUUAUGGUCGACGCAAGUAGUAUUAGAAAAAGCAAUGAAGUAACAUUGACAGAGGAAGAGAGAGAGGCUGCUAGAUUGUUGCCUUCAACCACAUCACCACUGUCUGACAUUACAAAGAGUGCUGCCUAUGACACAAUGAUGGAGUAUCAGAAACAAUUCCCAAUCCUUGGUAAAGGAAAACAACAUCUUUACAGCUUCAACACCAGUCCAGUUCCAGUCAAACAAUAUUUCACUGCCAACGAACUCAAUUUUAAAAAUGUCAUUCGUUAUAUCAGUCGUAUGGGUAUUUCUGGACAUCCUCAAUUAGUACUUGAUUGCGUUGAUUAUUUAGAUAAAGAAGACAUUGUUAUCAAUCCAUAUAUUUAUUCAUUGAUUUUGAGAGCAUUGGGAAUUGCUGGAGAUGUAGAGAACAGUUUGAAGAUAUUCGAGCGAUUGAUGAGCGAAGGAAUCAAGCCAACAGUACAUAUGUUUGAUGGUGUGAUCAAUGCCUAUAUGAAUGCAUCAAAGGUGGACGAUGCUCUUCAGAUUCUAAAGUCGAUGGAGGAGAAAUACAGUUUGGUUCCCGAUCAUGUCAAUUACACAACGUUGAUACACGGUCUCGUUAGAAACGAAAAGGUCGAUAUGGCAAUAGAGAUGUUCUCCGACGCCAGAACCAAAGGAAUGGAUCCAGACACUGUCACACUCUCUGUAAUGAUCGAUGCAUGUGCCAAAGACGACCGUGUAGAGAAAGCAUUCAACUAUUUCGACGAAUUUAGAUAUCUUAAUCUUCCACCCACCGAAGUAACAUUUAAUUCACUCAUAAGUGCAUGUUCAAAAAGAGCUGAUAAUUAUUAUUAUUUAAAGGCAUUUGAAUUGUUCCAAGAGAUGACAUUAUAUAAUUUCCAACCGGAUAUCAUUACCUAUACAUCGUUGAUGCGUGCAGCUGCAUAUAGAGGUGAGAUUCGUGUCGUGGAGAAACUGUAUAAAGAUAUUCUCGAGAGAAAAGAUCUUUUCCCACACAAACCUGACGAGCAUGUUUUCUCGUUGAUUCUCGGUGCCUAUGCCAACAACAUCAGAGACGAUGUCAAUCCCACUAAAUUCAGAGCGAACCUCAAGCCAAACUUGGAGCGAGUCGAACAGAUUUUCAAGGAUGCACAACAGCUGAUGGCAGGUCCCAUCACUAAAUAUAUAAUCGAUCAAUACCUCAAGGCCUAUGCAUUCUCCAACAAGAUUACUACCACCGAGAAGAUAUUCAAUGAGGUAUACGCAGAACACAAAGUCGAACAAGAUAUCAUUUCCUACAGUAUCAUGCUCAGUCUCUAUUGCCACACACGUCGUUUCGAAAAGGCACAGAAACUCUUCCAAGAUAUGAGAGAAAAAGGAAUAAAACCAGAUUAUAAAUUAUACAAGAUCUUGUUAUUUGGAACAACAAAAGUUGGUUAUGCAAAUACAUGUUUGAAAUUGGCAAAGGAAAUGGUUGGAUUUGGUUUCCCACCGGAAUCAAAAGAUAUGGAUAAGAUAGUAAAGAGAUUUGCCGAGUACCCUGAAAUAGUAACUCAACUUCAAUCAUUGACUGUUUCAAGUAAAGCCGAUGAUUCUUAUAACGCCAAACAUCUAUUUUAUCAAUAA